UCUAUUUAUUUUAUUUUAUUUUAAAAAAAAAAACAUUAUUUGAAAGAAAACCUCGUUCCCACGUGUGAUAAACACCACCCAAAUCCCGCCAACCUCGAACCUAAAGAAAACCCAAAAUACUUUUCCCAUUCUCUGGAGUCACCGGUGGAGAUGACCAUCAUGAUCCACUGGUAAAAACACCCAGGGCUUUACCUUCGCUUCGAUUUCUGGGGUUUUGAAAUUUCGAUUCUGGGGCGAUGGAUUUGGACGAUCUUAACAAGGUCUGGGAAAUCAAACCCCUAAAAAAGCCUGGAGAAGACGAAGCGAGGAAGAUUCUAGAGAGGAUAGCGAAGCAGGUCCAGCCCAUUAUGCGUAAACACAAAUGGAGGGUCAAAGUUCUCUCCGAAUUCUGUCCAACGAAUCCGUCUCUUCUGGGGUUGAAUGUGGGAGGUGGGGUGAAUGUGAAGCUGAGGCUUCGAAGGCCAAACAGGGAUUGGGAUUUCUUCCCUUUUGAUCAAGUUCUUGAUACAAUGCUUCAUGAGCUUUGCCAUAACGCCCAUGGCCCUCACAAUGCCAGCUUCUACAUGCUUUGGGAUGAACUUAGAAAGGAAUGUGAGGAGCUGAUGGCCAAGGGAAUAACAGGAACGGGACAGGGAUUUGAUCUUCCUGGGAGGCGUUUGGGUGGUUUCUCCCGCCAACCUCCUCUUUCAUCUCUCCGCCAAACUGCUUUAGCGGCUGCAGAAAAGAGAACGCGCUUGGGAUCUCUUUUGCCAUCUGGACCCAAACGUCUUGGCGGUGAUAGCACUAUUAUGACUGCACUUAGUCCAAUACAAGCGGCUGCAAUGGCUGCUGAAAGAAGAUUACAGGAUGAUAUUUGGUGUGGUUCUCAGUCUUGGGAAGCUUCUGGGGAUGCAGAAAGUGGCUCUGAUAUCUUGCAGAACCUUCUAUAUAAGGAGCAAAGUGGAGUAAGCUCAAGGGUAGGUGUUGGUUCAAGUGGACAUGCUGUGGAUGCAGUAUCACGAAAAAGAAAUCAGGAAUUAGAUCAAAGCUUGUUUCGUCAAUCUUCCAUUGAUCAUCUGGGAUCCAAUUUUGUUGAUUUAUCUACGGAUGCUUCAACCUCUGGCUCGAUGCUUGGUCAUGACAUUAGAUCUCAAAAGAGAAGUUGCAAAUCAGAUAACACUUUAUUUUCUCAGUCUACUUCUAGGCGUGAAUCUGUUGUGGAUUUGUCCAGUCCAUCUUUUGAGCCGGUGCCUAGUCAUAAUACAAUGUGUGAUAGAACAUUGAAUCCAGAGGAACCUGCUAUGUGGGAGUGUGGAACAUGCACUUUAUUGAAUUCACCGUUGGCUCCAAUAUGUGAGCUUUGUAGCACACAAAAGCCAGAAGAUGUUCGUACCAAGUAUAAACUCUGGUCCUGUAAAUUUUGUACAUUGGAAAACAGUGUGAAGUCGGAUAAAUGCUCUGCAUGUGGUCAGUGGAGAUACUCGCAUGGACCACCAGUGUCGGUCCAGGCUCCGAAUCGUGGCACUUGAGAGGUGUGAUGGAGAGGUUUCUAUUCGACUGGCAUAGUUGUGGCAGGGAAAGAAGUUGAUUCUUUGUCUUGUACAUUCAGCAUCAUCGGUUGGGGCUGCUGAAGCCUCAGGGCACCAGGCAGAAACGCAGAAUGGCAAACGACAUGGAUAAGGCCAAGGAAGCUAUUAUGAGGCAGAUUUUUUUUUUUUUUUUUAUUUUUUAU